AUGAAUGUGAUUGGUCAAACAAAUAAUGAAGAGGAUGCCUUUAGUAGCGAUGAUGAUAUGACUUUGCAAGAGAUAUCUCAGGAUUUAAGAAGACAAGGAAAACUAAACUUGAAUGUUUCAAGAGUUCUUUACGUGAAAGGAAAAAAUAAUAGACACAAGUGGAGUGGAGAAAAGCCAGUGAGGCGUAGAACUCAGCACCGCAACAUUAUUAUGCAUUUAUCUGGAAACAAAGGUGAAGCGAAAAGUAUUACAAAGCCAAUAGAAGGUUGGGCUCUCUUUCUAAAUGACGAAAUACUAAAUAAAUUUGCAUAUCAUACAAAUAAAGAAAUUGAAAAACAACGUAAGAAAUAUAAAGGCUUUCAGGAGGAAGAAGAUGGUGAAGAGAAUAUCGCCUCGUCCAGUUUACCAUCAUUUGUAAAACCAGUAUCAUUGGUAGAGUUAAAGGCUUUAAUUGGGCUUUAUUAUCUCGCAGGAGUAUUUAAAAUGAACGAUAUAAAUACCAAAGAUUUGUUUGACAAAUUUACUGGCGUGAUGCUUUUCAGAGCAACAAUGUCCCGUUGUCGAUUCGAGUUCUUGACAAAUUGCCUUAGAUUUUAUGACAGAGACACACGCGAAGAAAGUCGAGCUACCGAUCGCUCAGCUCCGAUUCGUGAAGUGUUUGAUCAUAUUGUAAAAAAGUGUGACAAAUACUACACACCAACUAAUUAUUGUACUAUCGAUGAAUAA